AUGACGUCAGAACUGUUUUUAUUCCUUCUGCUUCUGAUGAGCCAGACGACGUCCGCCGGUGACGUCACGCUUCCGAACGAAGUCGUCGGCGAGCCGAUCGUCAAGUUCGUUUUUUUUUCUUAAGUGACCUCUUGAGAGGAUUUUUGUGAUUUCGUAUCUUUUCAAGAAGAUUGGCUGUCACUUAAGUGACCAUUGGAAUUAAUUUUUGGUUAGAACUGUUCUAGAAUGUUUUUGUGGGGGACUGUAGCGUUUAGAAGUGGAAAAAAAAAUUUGGAAGACUUUUAAAAUCACUCUAGUGACCUCUUGAGGGUUUUGGAACCGUUCAUGGACUUUAAGAGAAUUUUUAGGCCUUUUUUCUAGAUCAAAUAAUGGUAAUUCUUUUGAAACCCCUAAAGUGACCUCUUUGAGACUUCGUUGAGUAAAUCUGACCAUUUUUAUUUGCUUCUUUUUUGCUUUUUUUUUCAAGUGACCUCUUGAGUGUUUUGAACCGUUCGAGGAUUUUCAAGAGAAGCUUUUUUUGAUUAAACAAUGGUCGUUCGUAACUCCUAAAAAGACCUUUUUAAAAUUUCUUUGAGUAAAUCUGAGUCAGACGUGCCUGAUCUUUCCUGUUGUCUGGUCUUCCGAACUCUACCGUACCUCAGAAUUUCAAAAGAUCGCAAAAAAAACUUGUGAAAAGGUUGUCGGAUCGAAAAGAAACGGGGCGUAAUUUGUCGAGUGUUACAAGCGGGCUCUUGACGUUUUCCACGUGCAAAUCUCAUUUUCUUUCCGGCACCGACCCUCUUUUGCAACGCUUGAAAAAGAAGACGAAAAAACAGGAAGACGUGAGAUCGUCUGGCUUUUUCUUGAAAAAAUGUUUUUUUUUUGCUGAUUUAGUCAUUUUUUUCACGUUAAACUGUGAACAUCCAGGAUUACAAAAUACGAUUUGAGAAGUUAGGUCACGAUGCUUUGGGAAUGACGACCGUGAAGUUGUUUUUAGAGCUUUUCCUGAAAUAAUAGUUCGAAGGUCGAAGCUUACUGAAUUUUAAUGUGAGAUUUUAGGCCGUGAUAGUUUGAACUAAAAAAAUUUCUAGGGCCUUUCUUGUUUUAAAAAGAAGAUUCGAAAUAUGAAAAAGAAGCCUGAAACCUAGGAAUUCACUCUGGCUGAUCCCUUAAGCCGUCACUCCAAACUGAAAUGUUUUCGGAACUUUUGAUAUCUUGAAGACAGAAAAAUUGAAAAUUUUGGUCACUAAAGUUACUCUCGAAACCUCUUAAGAAGCCACUUCAACUGAAAACUUCGGCAAUCGCUCCAAUUUCGGACGUUUCUCCGGGAUUGUUAGAAUCUGAAAGACAAAAAAAAAUUGAUUCUUUUGAUCUAACUGGGCUCACAAAACUCCUUAUUUUAAUAACUAGAUGAUCAUGUGCUCACCAAACUUCUGAAGUAACCACUCCAGCUGAUCCCUUAAGUCGUCACUCCGAACUGGAACGUUUUUCGGAAAUUUUCAUAUAUUGAAUGCUAAAAAUUGACUUUUUGGAUCACUAAUUGGGCUCACAAAUCUCCUUACCUCAAUAACUAGAUGAUCAUGUGCUCACCAAACUCUCAAGUAACCACUCCAGCUGAUCCCUUAAGCCGUCACUCCAAACUGGAACAUUUUUCACCCAUUGUUUGUCGUAGUUUUCAUAGUACCCGAACAUAAACGUCGGCGAGUGUGACGCAUCGGGUUUAACUCACGGAGAUGACGUCGGCAGAUAUGCCCCGAAGAAUGGCUCGCAUUCCUCUCCAGGCCUAUUUCCCCAUUCAUUAACUCGGCCCGCAACUCAACUUAAUUAAUAUUCAUUCACGAGGAGAGGAAUGACCAAAAAACACGGAUUUCCUUGAAUGAACUGUGUAGAUUUGGUCAAUCCAGAAAUUGUCAAAAACUUACAAAAAUCUUUUUUCUGGGGUUUCAGUUAAAAGUCCGUUCAUCGCGACUUGAAAAUGCAGGACUUCUCUGCGCCCUCUUCGUCUCUCGACGACCCUCUCUUGUUGAUUUCCAUGUAUCUCUGACCUCGCCGGUGAGGAAAUAGAGAGACUCGAAAACUGUCAAGUCGCAGGCGGACUGUGAAGGGACGACUUCAGGGAUCAGUUCUAGUGGUCUCUUAAGGGUUUAUUUUCCAAAAAUAGAAUGAUUUUCUUAGGUAUCGCGUUUAAAAAAAAUAAAGUUUCCAGUUUUAAGUGACCGCUUAAGGGAUUGGUUAGAGUGACUACUUAAGGACAAGUCUUAUUUAUUAAAAAUGAUCGAUCAAAAGAAGGAAGCGGAAACUUGGAAAGGGGUCCAAGGGGACUCUUAAGGGAAUUUUUGAGUAUUAAAAAAAGUCUCAAGUUCAAUUUCUACCGGGAGGUUUAAAAAAUAACGUCCUGCGAAGUGAAGACUCCAGGGAUCAGCUCUAGUGGUCUCUUAAGUGUUUAUUUUCCGAAAAAUAGAAUGAUUUUCUUAGGUAUCGCGUUAAAAAAAAAUAAAGUUUCCAGUUUUAAGUGACCGCUUAAGGGAUUGGUUAGAGUGACUACUUAAGGACAAGUCUUAUUUAUUAAAAAUGAUCGAUCAAAAGAAGGAAGCGGAAACUUGGAAAGGGGUCCAAGGGGACUCUUAAGGGAAUUUUUGAGUAUUAAAAAAAGUCUCAAGUUCAAUUUCUACCGGGAGGUUUAAAAAAUAACGUCCUGCGAAGUGAAGACUCCAGGGAUCAGCUCUAGUGGUCUCUUAAGUGUUAAUUUUUCGAAAUUAGGACACUUUUCUUAAGUACCGCCUUUAGGAAAAAUAAAAUUUCCAGUUUGAAGUGACCGCUUAAGGGAUUGGUUAGAGUGACUACUUAAGGACAAGUCUUAUUUAUUAAAAAUGAUCGAUCAAAAGAAGGAAGCGGAAACUUGGAAAGGGGUCCAAGGGGACUCUUAAGGGAAUUUUUGAGUAUUAAAAAAAGUCUCAAGUUCAAUUUCUACCGGAAGAUUUAAAAAACAACGUCCUGCCAAGUGAAGACUUCAGGGAUUAGUUCUAGUGAUUUCUUAAGGAUUUAUUUUUCGAAAAUAAAACGAUUUUCUUAGGUAUCGCCUUUAGAAAAAGUAAAAUUUCCAAAAGGGAACGCUUAAGGGAUUAGUUAAAGUGACUACUUAAGGACAAGUCUCCUUUAUAAAAAAUGAUCGAUCAAAAGAAGGACGACUUAGAAAGGGGUCUAAGGGGGCUCUUAAGGGAAUUUAUGAUUAUCAGAAAAAAAUUCCCAAGUUUACUUUUUCGUGAUUUUUUUCGAUUGAAACAACUUUUUGUAAAUGGGAAGAUUUUUGAAAUGAUAGAAAAAAAUGACCGGAAAGGUUCAAAGUUUAUACGCCCUAUGGAUAACAAUUUUUUAAGAAAUUUUUGCGAGUUUUUUUCGAAGUUUAUGUAGUUGAUGACAGUAAAAAAAAAAGUAAUAAAAAAAAUUUCAGAGCUUAUGACGAAUAAAGUCGAACUUCAGUUUCCAAGUACUGAUAAAAGCCGUAAAAGCUUCUUUUUUAAAUUAUUUUCCGAUUAAACUUUAUUCCAAAUUCACGAGCCAUUAUCAAAUCGAGAGAGAGAAAGAGUUAAUGGACUAUAUAGCCCCGAGGAAAUUUGCCGACCUUCCGGUCGGAUAGAGCCAAGAAGUCCAAGCUUUUUUUGGGGGGUCAGGCAAUUUGUCAGCACCGCCAACAACCAAUCCAUUAUUUUCUGGCCGGCUCCUGGUCUCCGCUGGGAUGCGAAAAAAGACAUGUUUUUUCUCAUGAAUACUUCAGAAGUGAUCACUUUUCCUGUGUGUGUGGGAGCAAGUAGAAACGAAGGCUGCUCUCGGUUUCAGGCGCACCGGAUCGGGUUUCGAAGAGACAUUCCGCACGGCACCUUUUAGGGAGGAAAAUGGAGACAGAGUGGGGGUUAGGAGAAAUUUUUUUCUUUGCAGGAUUCGUAGGAGUAGGAUUUUUAGGCAAAAAAAGAUUUAUAUGUAACCUUAAGUUGAGAGGUCAAUGACGACCUGGAGAGAUGCCAGAGAAAAAGUGGCCAAAAAUAAGAACUCUUCUCUAAUGGAAAGUGAAAAAAACAGUCCCUAUAGGAGACGAAAAGGACCCCCUACUAAGGAUUUCCAGGAACCACCUUACCAACCCCUAUAGGGGCCAUUAAAGCUUGCAAAAGUGGUUAUGAUCUCUAUGCGAAGAGAAGCAUUUUCAUGCGAAAAACUAAACAAAUAAACGUUUUUUGAAUGAAAUUCAAAGACCCUAUAGGGACCACUCAAGCUUCAGGGGCCAAGGGGUCAGACCCUAAACCCCUAUAAGGGCCACCUUGAUUUUACCCCUAUAUUGACUAUUUUUUCGGCCCCUAUAGGGGCUGUCUCUUCUCCUAACCACUAUAGGAACCGCUCUAGAAUUCCUGAGUGUAUAAAUUUUGUUGCACACCGGAGUAGUCCCUAUAGGGGUUGGAGAUCUGACUCCUAAGCCCCUAAAGCUAAAGCGGUCAUUAUAGGGUCUUUUAACUUUUGUUCAGAUUUAAAAACUAAAAAUAAAAAAUUUUUCUGUUGAUAUUUUUCAUUCAAAUAACGCUAUAUUUACUGAGUUUUUUUUGCAUAGAAAUAAAAAAACGAAUUGGUAUCUAGAGGAGAACCUUCAAGAGACCCAAAAAAUGCCCCUAAAGGACUACUUUGAAGUUCUCAUUUAGUGUGUUUCUAGACUUUGAAUUUGAAAUCAAAUGUUGCUCUGAACUGAACCCCCAUUAAUAAAUUCACGAUGAAUCGAUAUUUCGAACCUUAUUUGAUUGAAAGAAAUAUUUUCAUUAGCCCCCUGAUAUUAUUGUUCAAAGUUAUGAAAUCAUAAAAAUAGAAUUCUAGGCUUUUGGCAAAGUCGGAAGGGUGGAAAAAGGCUCCAUAGAAAUGUUCCUUUUUUGCUGCCUUUUUGCACCAUUUCAAGGACUGUUUUGCACCAUUUUUGCUGCCUCUCCCUUUUUUCACCAUUUCUUGAGCCUUUAAAAUCCCAGAAAAAAUGAAAGGCUUGGUAGAGGGACUCUUUUUGCUGCCUUUUUGCGGCUUUUUUGCUGCCUUUUUGAUGCCUUUUUGAUGCCUUUUUUGAGCCCCUCCCUUUUAGCGGCCAUUAUCCACCAUUCCGACUUUGCCCGGAGUAUGAACUCGAGAAAAUGCCAAAAGCAAGAAGAAAAAUGACAUUUGCAGCUGCGCGGCAGACGCGAUCUACGUGAAGCUGCGGACGAACGCGACGUUCACCGGCCACGUCGACGUCAAGUACACGCCGAAUCGACUCUGCUUCCAGGUCCGUCUCACCCGAUCUUAAUUGGAUUGUUCGUCUGUUUCAGAGCCUCGUCACCAACAACCAAAUCGAGUUGCUCAUCCCGCACGAGGAAUGUUCCGUCGCCCGGCGGCGGUUCGUUUUUUUCUUUUAGAAGGAAGAAGCUUGUGAAAAAUCGGUCAUAGUACAUCCAAUAAUGAAACGAGACAAAAAACCGAAAAAAGCAAAGAUUUUUGCUAAAUUUCAUCAGAGACUCCAGAUUUUUUCCUAUUUCAGCAGAGAAAGUGCAACAGAAAUCAUAAAAAAUGAAAAUUUUCCCGAUUUUCAAUCGAUGAGGCUGCAAAUUGUCCAAUUAAUUUUGAAAUUGAGUAAAAAAAGAAAAGCUCAUGAAAAAUUAGAAAUACAUAGUACAUUCAUCAUUAGGCCGAGACCAAAAUCGCAAAAAAAAAAAUGAAAAAUUUCCCUAAUUUUGAAUAAUGAGUCUCUCAAUUAUCCAAUUUCCAAUUAAUUUCGAAAUUGAGAAAAAAAAAGAAACACUCGUGAAAAAUCAUAGUACAUUCAUCAUUAGGUCGAGACAAAAAAAUCGUAAAAAUACCCAAUUUUUUUCCUAAGUAACUUUAUUUUUUUUGAUUGUUGGUGCUACUGUAGAACAGAAAAAAUGAAUUAAUUCUGUGCAAUAUUGAAGUACGACGCUCCAAAAUGACUCCACUAGUUUAACGACUUUCUCCCAUAUUCAUCAUUGAAAAAAUGAAAGACUUUAGAAAAUAAAUUUAUUUGGUCAUUCUCUCGCUUUUUUUAAACGCUAUUUUUGUUUCUUGGACUUAGUAAGUUAGGGAAAAGAGGGCGCAGACACGUCAGACUGUCCGGAAUGAUUGUGAUUGAAGUGUAUGUCGAUCUUUAUGUAGAUUGAUUUCAUUUGAGGGAUAUUUCCAACUAAUAAGGAGUGAUAAUUUAAAGGCGCAUCCAUCUUUUUUGAACCAAGGUCUCGACAAGAAAAUUUUAAAACAGGCUUUUUCGAAGUUUUUCAUCAUUUUUUUAAUAGAAAAUUUGAGCUUUGAAACGUUUUUUUCAUUCUUGAAAUAUCAUUUUUGGAGUUUUUCUCAAGGUUUACUGUCAGGAAAAGCGAAAAAUUAAAAAAAAAGGCAAACCAGGCUUUAGAUGACGUCAUCACGUGUCUAGUUUGCUCCUUAAUUUGGCAAAGCGUUACAUUAACAGUUGCGACUUGGCAUCGACUGGUUUUUUUUUCGUCCCUCUUGUUUGAAUCAUCGGCAAGCCUUGUCCAUUAUCUUCUAGCCAUUACACUUUUAUGACUGUGAUGAGUGUCGCCAAGGCGUUUCUUUCCAAGAUUUUGAGACAAACACGAGUUUUGAGUGGGGAUUUUUCGACCUCGUUAAAGAAAAUGAUAGAAAUUUCGCAAGAAACGAGCAAAUUUCUUUUCAAAAAACUGAAAAUCACGCUCGAUUUUCCAUCUCUGACCUGUCUGCGCUCUCUUUUCCCUCACUGUUAAAGUCCUUAGAAGCUCCAGAGUGGUCCCUAUAGGGUCUAGGAGAAAAUCAGAGGAUAUAGGGGUCUGACCCCUGAAGAUCAAGGGGCCCCUAAAGGGUUUUUUCAAAUUUUUUGUUCAGAUUUGAAAAUGAGAAAGAAAUUUCUCCAAUAGGGAACUUGCUAUUGGAUAACUUGAAAGACCCCUCUAGGGUCCACUUGAGUUUUAGUGGCUGAGGGAUCAAACUAUGAACCCCUAUAGGAACCACCUUGAUUUUACCCCUAUUGGGACCACUUUUUCGGUCCAUAAAGAGGCUUUUUACCUCCCUAACCCCAUAGGGACCACGCUAAAAUUCCUAAGAAAGACGAGAUUGUUUUUUAGGUGAAUUUUUGAAGUCCUAUAUUUCGAUUCAAAAAUACCAUAAUUUUCCAAUUUCGGUUUUCUCAAACUACUAAACUAACGACCUUAUUUUUGAAAAAUGUUCCAUUCCCAAUAAUCCAAGGAAGUCGUUGUUUUCCACUUCUUCACGAAAAAAGAAAAUGUCGGGAAGUUCGGGGAGAAGAAAAGAACUAAGCUCAACGGAGCCACACUUGAUUUGCCUCGUAAAACGUCCUUCCGCUCAUAACCAACCAGCCAACCGGCUAAUUGCCCCGAAAACAUUGUCGAGGAGAAGGAAACGAAGAUUUUUUGUCUUACUGGGGCACCUCAAGGCUUGGAAUCUGUCAUUGAAGAGGAAAAAAAGUCGGCGUUUUUGGGGCUCCAAAAUCUUACUGACAAGAGAGGUCAUUUUACUUUGCGGUUGGGAAUUUUCUGUAAAUCGGCCAGAAAACUUCUUGACGUACCAGAAGAAGAUCCUGAAAGUCUUAACCUGCAAAACUUUCUCGUUUUCGGAAAAAGACGUCUCAAAGUCAAAGGAAACCCUUGAAAUCCAUGAAAAUAGGCUACUUCGAUUCUUUGAGCCCUAAUUUAUCGAAAACUGGGAAGUUGUGCAUGUUGAGACUUUCAUCUGGUACAUCAAGAAGUGCUCUUUCCAGAAAUUUCCCAACCGUAAAGUAAAAUGACCUCCCUGUGAGGAACGAAUUCGUUUCGCUUUAUUUGGAUUAACUGGAAGCGUCUUGUUUUCAUUUGCUUUUAGGCUGGGUUAAAAAUUAAAUUCCUUGAUUCUACACUACUAAAAACUCUGUGGUCUCCUACUCACUUGAGUGUGAACUUUUUGAAAACCGCAAAGAUAAGAACGUGUCCAUAAUUAUGACGCACAAUUUUACAAGGUUACAAGUUUAUUCAGUCUUCAGAGAAGAUUAUCUGUUGAAUUCUUGGAUAAUAGAAGAGUUUUUGUCGGUUCGUGAAACUGUAGUUGAUCAAGAACGACUCGUAGAACAUCUCGUCCUUCUUCGGACAUUAAAUUGGGAAGUUCUUUAUAGGGGCAACCUUAGAGGACAACUUUACCAACCCCUAUAGAGUCCCCUAACACUUGAAAAUGGGUCCUAAUAGGGUUUUCAGAUAAAGGUCUGAGAACUAAGCCCCUAACCCCUAUAGGAAUCACCUUGAUUUUACCCCUACGGGGACCACUUUUUCGAUCCCUACAAGAGCUGUUUACCCCGCUAACCCCUAUAGGGAUCCCUUUAAAACUCCUGUUUCUGAGUUUCCGAUACUGUCUUGUUUUCAUUUGGAUGUCAUUAAAGUCUUCAACUUGUAACUUUUUCAAUUGAAGGAGCCUUCAUCCGUCGGGAGUCAUCAUCGAAGCGUCGGUCUCCGUGUCGUUCCACGCAGAAUUCACGACGGCCGACGACCGAGUCUUCAACCUCCAAUGUUUCCAUCAGAAAAAGAGCAACGGAAGCUCGGCCCUCGUCGUGGGGAGCCCUAAGCUUCCACCUCAAGGUUUUUUUUUCCAAGAAACUCGUUGAUAACGAAAACUCAGAUGCUAAUGAACCUUCGUGCUCCUACGAAGUCUUGGAUUCGAGCGGGGGUUUGGCGACUCGGGUGGCCCUGGGCGAAACUGUAGAACAUCUCUGGUCUUGCUCCAAUGUUUAUGUUCGUUUUUUUGUUCAGACUUGAAGCGUUCUCGUUGCGUUUUUGUAACGUAAAACUAGUUUCGCAUGACGUCACCAUCUACUUUGAAAGCACAAGUCGCUCAGAGUCGGGCGCAUCUUUAGAGUAGCCACCAAUCCUAGAGCCUCUUUUCAACAGUAUAAAGCAGGUCUCAUGCCGGCAAAUGUCGGCUAUGUUUUCAGCUUUUUAAUUAAUCUUCCACGCUCUUUUUAACGAUCAAAAAGCCAAAAAACUGAUAAAAUAAUUAAUUUCAUGUCUAGUUUAGAGUUUUUUCAGAAUCCAGUAAAAAUUUCGAAAAAAAUAUGAUAAUUUUCUAGGAAUCCUGUCUGUGGAUCCAGAGCUGCCGACUGGUUGCUGGAAGCUCACAACAUGACGUCAUUGACGAAAAAGGAUGCUCCCUACAUGAAGAUUUGAUGCCACAACUCACCUACUUCAAUAGGGUAAGCUCGGAAAAGACCUUCAAUGACCACUAGAGUGAUCCCUCCAGCUUGAUUAUUCUUCUUCCUACUCAUUCAGCUUCAGAAAAAGUUUUAAGUUGACAAAUGAAUUUUUCUUAAGAGGCAUCUUCAGAUUUUAUCAGUUGACUAGGCGCCCAAGGGGUGAGUGAAGUAAGGGAUCACUUGAGGGCUUAGGUGUAGGUCAAUGAACACUAGAGUGAUCUCUCUAGCUUGAGCGCUUAGGUGUAGGUCAGGGACCACUAAAGUGAUCACACCGGCUGGGUUCAUCAGUUUUUAUUCUUUUUCUCAUUUAUCCUACAUUCUGGUCUUCAGAAAAAGUUUCACAGUUCUACUCAAGAGGCCUCUCCAGGUUUUAUCAGUUGAUUAGGAGACCAAGGGGUGAGGAAAGUAAGGAUCACUUGAGGGCUUAGGCUUAGGUCAAUGACCAUUUAAGGGAUCACUCUAGCUUGUUUGAUUGUUGAGAUCUUAGGCUUAGGUCAAUGACCACUAGAGUGAUCACUCCCAGCGUGGUUCAUCGGUUUUAAUUCUUUUUGUUAUUAUUAUACUCGAUCACCUUCAGAAAAAAUUUUGAAGAUGAAAAAAUGAGUUUUACUUAAGAGGCCACUUCAGGUUUUAUCAGUUGAUAAGUAGACCAAGGGGUGAGCGAAUCAAGGGAUCACUUGAGGGAAUUUUUAUUUUAUCUGAUUUUUGAAGCGGUCGAAUGAACGAAAAAAUUAUAUUUUAAAAAAAUAUUCGGUAUUUUUGAAAUUUAAAAAAGGUCCGUUUAUGAGAGGACAUCGUUUUUUUGUUAGGUUUUUUCUCGAUUUUUCGAAAUUUAAUCUGUCUUUUUUCAAAUUCUUCCUAUUUUGGGAGCUUUUUUCCAUCAUUUUUUCUUGUGUUUUUUGAACUUUACAUGUAUAUUUGACGUAUAAUAGGUGAGAGUAUAGGAAAAGCCGCGGAGAUUAUGCAAAUGAGGCGCCGAAGCGCAACUAAUAUGAAUAUGAGUUUGCCCGAAUGAGCCCCGGGAAAUGAAAACUCGAGAGCGGCUCAUUUUGCAGUUUUGAAUGAAAAAUGACAUGGGGACUCUUGCACCUGCGAAAAAUGUAUAAUAGAAAUUUCUCCGUAAAUUGGAUUUUCGUACUGGGAAAUAGAGGGGGACUUUUUCAACUUGGCUUUUUUCGAAAAUGAAUAAACUCAAGCAAGAAUAUAGCUGGUCCACGGCUGGCUUGAGCCAUCGAAAAAAGGGUCCCGACACGAUAAGAAAAGAGACAGUGCCUGGUUGAUGGAGGGCGCAGACAGGCCACGCCCCUUUGUUUCUCAAACUAGCCGUGAACCGGCUAUAUAACAACUCGGACAUUAGUGACGCAAAACGGACGUGCUCCGGAAGCUUCUAGGGACCACUUCAAUAGCAUCAACACUCUUAAGUGAUCCCUAGAAUCUCCCAAUGUCCGAGAAGGAUCGGUUAUAAUUUUUCAUUUCAUUCAAAGGCUUUUUUUUGUGCAAAAAGAGCAAAAACAUAUUUCUCAUUUCCAGAAAUAACAAUUGGUUCUGGAUACAUCGUAGAUAUAUUUAAAUAAAAGCAUUUUUAAUACACUUGUUACAAUUUAGUAGAACAUCCUUGGAACUGGUCAAAGCUUGAUUUUUAUUAUUUCUCACCCUUUAAGGAAAAAUAUCAUUUUCGAAAUCUUCAAAAUUUUGAAACCCGUGACAAAUUUCCAACCUCCAAACACCGAAAACUCUACUUGAAACGCUUCAGAAUAGCUGAAAAAGUCCAUUAGCAAAGGUUUAAAAGUGCUUUUUGGAGGGAGCUUUCGGAGAAUAUGUUGAUUUUUGAAGUGUGGGAAGGUAGGAUUUUUUAAAAAAGAAAAAAUUUUGAGGGUACUCUGAGAAAAGUCUUGAAUGGAUCUUCCACAAAAAGAGGAAAUUUUUUGGAAUCGGUCAAUUAUCAGGAGACAUUCAAACUUACGGAGCACCACUUAUUAGGGGACAUUUCAGGGGACCCUUCAAAAGCUCAAAAUACAGCUUUUCGUCAUAAUUUGCGUGUUUUGCUGACUUUGAAGCUUCAAAACUCGGAAACAAGAUCUGAUCUAUUCUUAUCUUGAGAUUUUGAAGAAAUGAAUCAAAAAAAAAAUGUCCUCAGACAUCGGUCGGAGUGAACGUCAGUGUGUUCGGAGUGUCGCAUUCUCCGCUCGUCUACUUUUCCUGCCAAAUCAGACUCAAUCCGGCGCUUCCCACCGGCGAGUGUCCGGUUCCGGAUUGCACUGCGAAAACUCAGGCUCAUCGGAGGCAUAGGUUCGUUUUUGAAGGCUUUCCAUUGAAUAUACAGUUGCAAAAUUACAAUGGAAUGUGAAAGAAAAGGGGAGAAACAGCAGAAAAAAAUCCGGCAUAAAUAAAUAAAUUGCCAUCGAGGCCCUCACGAAGCUAUGAGAUAGUGAGAAAAGAUAAUGUGAUAAAAAUUGAAAUUAAAGAUUUGAACAGUAACAGUAUAUGAAGGCUUUCUAUUUUAUAGAUAACAUAAUAGAUUGAUUCACAUUUAAAAACAGAAUACAAUGUACAAGAAAGGGGGAAAAACAGCAGGUAAAAGCCUGACCCAAGCACAAUUUUUAUUUGUCAUAUUAGUAAGUAUCAUGUAUACUGGUUUGGAUGAUGAGUCGAUAGAAAAGGGAAAUAAUUAUACAUAACAUCAUGAGAUAAAUAAUGAAUCAAAUAAAGUCUAUUGUUAACCUUAAAGUGGAAAAGAGAUAUUGAUUGAAGCGCGGAGAGAAGCUCAGUCUUGAUCAGAAGUUGAUUUCUGCUUGAAUACGGUUUUUUUAAACCUCUGAAAAUAAAUCAGUUUUUUUAAAAUUUUUCUCGAAAAAUUACUAAAAAAGGAUGUUUCCACGAGUAUGUGCCAUCCAAAAUCUCCCAUUUCAGCUUUUCACCAUUAACAAGAAUAUCAAUUUUAAUAGAGAUGGAAAUUGGUGGAAUUUAAAGGGGCUCAAAAAGGAAUACAUUCUUUUUCAAAGGACUCCUCGACUUUAUCCAAAUUUUGCUUUUCUAGAAGCGUCUCAGCCGCCUCCUUGCCAGUCCUGGACGUCAGGUCGCAGAACAUUGAAAUUUCCCAAAUUCGUGAGUUUACCUUCCUUUUAUGAGUAAAGACGAUAGUUUUGCAGUAGAGAAGAGGAAAAAUGAACCGAAGGUACAAGAAAUCAGCUCCUGUGCUGAGCCAGCACAAGAAGUUCAGUUAGCCGAACAGAAAAAAGAGAUGGAAAUCAGUGAAAUGUGCUUCGACAUGUUCACGGUGACCGUCGGCGUCGCAUUGGCUGUUUUGGUAAUUUUUUUGAUUUUAUAAAAAAAAAAGAGACAGUCGGACAUGUCUGCGCUCUUUUUUCAUAUAGCUGAUUCAAGGCUGACUUGAGCCAUCAAAAAAUUGGUCCUGACACGAUAAAAAAAGAGAUAGUGCCUGGUUGGUGGAGGGCGCAGACAGGCCACGCCCUUUCGCUUCUCAAACUAGCCUUUAAUCGACUAAACCCCUCAAAAUCAUUUUUACUGGUUCAUAUGAGUUCAGAAGAGAGCUGCCAAACGAGCGCCAGAGGGGUCCUUUUAGGGAUUCAUAGGGAAUAUUCCUCCAAAGAGCUUCUUAUGGGGGUAUGAUUCAAGUGUCCCCUAAAGGGUUUUAGUGUCUGACAGCUGAAGCUUUCAAGCCUUUGAAAAAAUUAUCAUCAUUUUUUGACAUUUUUCAUACAAAAGGCACCAACUUAAUAAUUUUUCCUUGUUCUCAUAGUCAUAGAGUUCAAAAAAUGACUAGCAUGUCCCCUAUAGGGGCCACUUUUGCAAGCUUUAGUGGCCCUUACAGGGGUUGGUAAAGCGGUCACUAGAGGGGAACCUUAGAGAGCCCUUAUAGGGACCAAAUGGCGUUCCAAAAGUAGUCAAAAAAAGGGAAAAUUUUAACCUAGAGAGAAAAAGUGAUCACAAAAAUCGAAAAACCAUGGGAUUUAACACACGUUCUCCGAGAUUUUCGAUUAACCGUUGGUACAAAAAUUUCAUCUUUGUUCCUGAGAGCUCUCCUUGCUAUCAUAGAUAGUGAACAACCUCUUGAACAUUUAGAACGAGGUUUUAUAAGGCUCCGCCCACUUUUAGGCUUACUGUAGAAAAAACACCGUAAAAACCAAACUUUUUUCCUAGUGGAGCAAAUUGGUCCAAACCAACUUUAAAAACAAAAAUAUGUUUUCUUUUUGACCAUUUAUAGUUAUAGAACUGACCCGGAAAAAAAUUUUUUUCUUUCAGAAGAAAAAAAUUCAAGUUUUUUUGAAAAAAAUGACGAUUUUUCGCAGUCUUUGAGUCAUAACUAGUACUAGAACCCCCGAAUGCCUGGAUUUUUAUUUUUUCAAUCGACGCGUUAGGGUCUUGUGAUUAGAGGAAAAAUGCCUAGAAACUCUGAAUCCGGGUGAUCCAGUUGACCUCCAUCUCGAAGAACGCGGCCAACUUGAAAAUCGCAAAACCUUUGAAAAUUUCUAUUUUUUGUGAAAGCCGGAUUCCGUCUUGUUUCUUAUUUUCGUUCAACAUAACACAGCUUGCUGCAAAAUUGCAGCUCAAAAGUAGCGAACUGGAACCCUUUGAAAAAAAAUUUCUGACGUUUUUCUGAUUUUCGUUUUUUCGGCAUUUUCAAACUUUUCGCUCUAACUAGUACUAGAACCCCCGAAUGCCUGGAUUUUUAUUUCUUUAAUUGACGCAUUAGGGUCUUGUGAGUAGAGAAAAAAUGUCUAGAAACUCUGAAUCCGGGUGAUCCAGUUGACCUCCAUCUCGGAGAACGCGGCCAACUUGAAAAUGACUAAAUUUUUAAAAAUCAGUUACUUUCUCGGGAGCAGGAUUUUCCCUCCCUUCUUUUUGCCAAUCAGACACAAUCCACUCAACACAAAAUUGGAACAAAAAGUUAUGACUCUCAAGCAUGACGAAAUUUUUUUUUUCCAAUUUUUCACUUUCUCGGAUUCAUUUUUUUUUUCUGUCCUUUCCAAUUAUUGAGCUCUAAUGGAUUAGAAUACCAGGAAUGCUUAGAGUUUUUUGUUGUACUGAUCCGUUACAUCUUCCCAAGUUCUUUAAAAAUAUUCCCAAGCUCUGUUUCCGGGUGAUCCAGUUGACCUCCAAGCAGUCGAAGCGGUCGACCUCGAAGUCGAGCGAAAUUAAAAAAAUUUCCAAACCGUUUUUUUGCUUCCUAACCAGUAGUUCUCCUCACCUGGAGGGUUUUCAGUGUAGUUUCCACCAAAUGCUAGUGUCAAUUUUUAUUUUUAGCUCAUUUUUAUUUUUGUCAGAAUUUUUUAAAAUUUGAUUGAACGUGCCUAUGGGCCGAGGGAAAAUGUUUGUCGAAAGUCUUGGUAAAUCGAGUGAAAUAAGAAGCCAUCUUCUUUUGGACAAAAAUUGAUGGUCCAUUUCCCCGAUGUCGAUGAAUUCCUCCUAGAAAAACUGGCAAAAACGAAUUUUUUCAACAAGUUUCGAACCCCGGUCAUUGACACCACAGUGCAAGGACGCUAGCCACUGCACCACGCUGCCAACUGUGGUGCAGGGGUCGUACGCGAACCACAUUCCCUCUUGCGUUGCAGCUCAUAUUCAGCGUGCAAGCUUUGAAGCUUCAUAACUCGAAAACGAGAUCUAUUGCGAGAAAUUUUGUUCGUGUUCUGGAAAGAGGAAGUCUUAUAGUACCUUUCAGCAAAGUUUCAACAAAAGUUCAACCGUCCACCAAAAAAACACUCCCCUUGUCAGAAUUUUUUAAAAUUUUUUUGAUUCUUUUUGGGUUGAAAUAGUUUUUGUCUUUUUUUUCUGUAUGAGAAAAUCUGUUCAACUUCGAAAAUAGGAGAACUUGAACAUUUUUUUCCGUGCGAAAUCCAAAGAAAUGAUUCAUCAUUUUAAAAAAAUUCUGACAAAAAAAUAAAAAAAUGAGCUAAAAAAAUAAAAAAAUUGACACUAGCAUUUGGUGGAAACUACACUGAAAACCCUCCAGGUGAGGAGAACUACUGGUUAGGAAGCAAAAAAACGGUUUGGAAAUUUUUUUAAUUUCGCUCGACUUCGAGGUCGACCGCUUCGACUGCUUGGAGGUCAACUGGAUCACCCGGAAACAGAGCUUGGGAAUAUUUUUAAAGAACUUGGGAAGAUGUAACGGAUCAGUACAACAAAAAACUCUAAGCAUUCCUGGUAUUCUAAUCCAUUAGAGCUCAAUAAUUGGAAAGGACAGAAAAAUGAAUCCGAGAAAGUGAAAAAAAUUGGAUUUCGUCAUGCUUGAGAGUCAUAACUUUUUUUGUUCCAAUUUUUGUGUUGAGUGGAUUGUGUCUGAUUGGCAAAAAAAGAAGGGAGGGAAAAAUCCUGCUCCCGAGAAAGUAACUGAUUUUUUUAAAAAAAUUUAGUCAUUUUCAAGUUGGCCGCGUUCUCCGAGAUGGAGGUCAACUGGAUCACCCGGAUUCAGAGUUUCUAGAAAUUUUUUCUUCACUCACAAGACCCUAAAGCGUCAAUUAAAGAAAUAAAAAUCCAGGCAUUCGGGGGUUCUAGUACUAGUUAGAGCGAAAAGUUUGAAAAUGCCGAAAAAACGAAAAAUCAGAAAAACGUCAGAAAUUUUUUUUCAAAGGGUUCCAGUUCGCUACUUUUGAGCUGCAAUUUUGCAGCAAGCUGUGUUAUGUUGAACGAAAAUAAGAAACAAGACGGAAUCCGGCUUUCACAAAAAAUAGAAAUUUUCAAAGGUUUUGCGAUUUUCAAGUUGGCCGCGUUCUUCGAGAUGGAGGUCAACUGGAUCACCCGGAUUCAGAGUUUCUAGGCAUUUUUCCUCUAAUCACAAGACCCUAACGCGUCGAUUGAAAAAAUAAAAAUCCAGGCAUUCGGGGGUUCUAGUACUAGUUAUGACUCAAAGACUGCGAAAAUCGUCAUUUUUCAAAAAACUUGAAUUUUUUUCUUCUGAAAGAAAAAUUUUUCCGGGUCAGUUCUAUAACUAUAAAUGGUCAAAAGAAAACAUAUUUUGUUUUAAAGUUGGUUUGGACCAAUUUGCUCCACUAGGAAAAAAGUUUGGUUUUUACGGUGUUUUUUCUACAGUAAGCCUAAAAGUGGGCGGAGCCUUAUAAAACCUCGUUCUAAAUGUUCAAGAGGUUGUUCACUAUCUAUGAUAGCAAGGAGAGCUCUCAGGAACAAAGAUGAAAUUUUUGUACCAAACUUUUUCGCAUUUGUUCGAUUUUCUGGGAGAAUGCGUGUUAAGAAAAAAAAGGUCAUGAAACGAAACUACAGUCAUUAUUUCAGAAAACUUUCUCUGUGUAUAGUUAAAAUGAAAAACUUUCCUCAACUUUGAAUCUCUCGAUUUUCAGAUGAGCGUCGUUCUUAUCGCCAUGCUGGCCGCCUUUGUUUUUCGACGGAAAAACUACGAAAUCGCCUCGAAUACCUGA